AUGAGUUGCAGGCAUGGCGGUGGCGGUGGUGGUGGUGGGCCUUGUGGAGCCUGCAAGUUUUUGAGAAGAAAGUGUGUGAAAAACUGUGUGUUUGCACCGUACUUUGACUCAGACCAAUUAGGUACGAGUGACUUUGCGGCGGUGCACAGGGUGUUCGGAGCUAGCAACGCCGCCAAGCUCCUCCUUAGGAUACCACCGCACCGCCGUCUAGACGCCGUCGUUUCACUCUGCUAUGAAGCACUGUCUAGGGUCAGAGAUCCUGUGUAUGGCUGUGUUGCCAACAUCUUCACCCUCCAGCAACAGGUUAUUAACUUGCAAGCAGAGUUAGCAUACGUUCGAGCUCGAAUUUCAACGUUGCAAUGCCAUCGUCAAGCAAAUCUACCGUCAACCGACAUUCUCUCAUCACCUAAAAUCAUGUCUAGUUCCACCAUGUCGCCGGUUUAUUCCGAACUUGCUAAAUCUGUACAAACGUCACGAGUAAUACCAAAAUGUUCCAACGACACCCCAACAGGUCAAGAACUAGAAGAGAGUGAUCUUGAGAUGAUAGCCCGAGAGUUCUUGACAAAGUAUGUUCCUCGACGUUAAGCAUUGAUUGUCGUGUUCUUGAAAAACAAGUGUUCUUAAGAUGACUUGUAGCGUUUAGAAAGUAGAUUGUAUUGACAUCGUUUUAGGGCUUCCUCUAACAAAUGACUUAAACCCUAAAAUUAA